GAAAGCCUCCAAUGAGAGAAAGGUAAUGGAGCGGCGCUAUUAUAAUGGAGAUACAAGUUCGUGGCUAUUAGGGGAUUCUGGAUACCCUCUUGAGCCAUGGCUUAUGACCCCGUAUCAAUUACGCGAAAAUGAGACCGACGUAGGCAAAUGUAUUUUCAACGACAUUCACAGUAAGGCUAGAAGCAUUGUCGAAAGAAGCAUUGGCGUAUACAAAGGCCGCUGGAGAAUAUUAUCGGACGAUAGAAAGCCAAGGUACAACCCAACAUUGGUUGCAAAAAUUGCAAACGUGUGCGCCGCUCUUCACAAUGUAUGCAUCGAUAGGAAUAUUCCAUAUCAAUUCAGCAACGAAAAUCUAACUCAAAGACAAGAAGGACUGUUAGAAUGUACACCAUUGGACAUAAACAAUCGAUUAUCAAAGAGGAUAAGAAGUAGAAUAAAAGACCAUCUUUCUCAAUCAGCAAUGUAA